GCAGCGCAGCCAGGCGCACCAGCGGGGCAGCGCUGCUGGCGACGGGGACCUACGGUGGCCGCGGGCCGGAGUGACGCUGCCAUGGGCGGAGAGGUGCGCGUGCUACUCCUGCUGGGCCUGCUGCACUGGGUCGGGGGCAGUGAGGGCAGGAAGACCUGGCGGCGCCGCGGCCAGCAGCCGCCCUCGCAGCGGGCCGAAGUGGCACCGGGCGCCGGGCAGCCGGUGGAGAGCUUCCCGCUGGACUUCACGGCCGUGGAGGGCAACAUGGACAGCUUUAUGGCGCAGGUCAAGAGCCUGGCGCAGUCCCUGUACCCCUGCUCCGCGCAGCAGCUCAACGAGGACCUGCGCCUGCACCUCCUGCAGAACACGUCGGUGACCUGCAACGACGGCAGCCCCGCGGGCUACUAUUUGAAGGAGUCCAAGGGCAGUCGGCGGUGGUUACUCUUCCUGGAAGGUGGAUGGUACUGCUUCAACCGGGAGAACUGCGACUCCAGAUACACCACCAUGCGGCGCCUCAUGAGCUCCAAAGACUGGCCCCACACUCGCACAGGUACUGGGAUCCUGUCCUCUCAACCAGAGGAGAACCCUCACUGGUGGAAUGCCAAUAUGGUCUUCAUCCCUUACUGCUCCAGUGAUGUUUGGAGUGGGGCUUCACCCAAGUCUGAAAAGAACGAAUAUGCCUUCAUGGGUGCCCUCAUCAUCCAGGAGGUGGUGCGGGAGCUCCUGGGCAAAGGGCUGAGCGGAGCCAAGGUGCUACUGCUGGCUGGGAGCAGCGCCGGGGGCACCGGGGUGCUGUUGAAUGUAGACCGCGUGGCCGAGCUGCUGGAGGAGCUGGGCUACCCAUCCAUCCAGGUGCGGGGCUUAGCUGACUCUGGCUGGUUCCUCGACAACAAACAGUACCGCCGCACGGACUGCAUUGACACCAUCAACUGUGCACCCACAGAGGCAAUCCGCCGUGGCAUCAGGUACUGGAACGGGAUAGUACCAGAGCGCUGUCAGCGUCAGUUCAAGGAGGGAGAGGAGUGGAAUUGCUUCUUUGGCUACAAAGUGUACCCGACUGUUCGCUGUCCAGUGUUUGUGGUACAGUGGCUUUUUGAUGAAGCCCAGUUGACUGUGGACAACGUGCACCUCACCGGGCAGCCAGUCCAGGAGGGGCAAUGGCUGUACAUCCAGAAUCUGGGUCGAGAGCUGCGUGGCACACUCAAGGAUGUGCAAGGUCUUGAAAAUGACAAGAUCCAUAUGUCCAAGACAGCCUCCUGCUGCUACCUGGUACACUCUGGCUGGACACAAAGCAGGAUUUGGAGGCCCAAGGGGCAAAGGGCCAGCUUUGCCCCUGCCUGCCUCUCCCACGAGAUCAUCAUCCGGAGCUACUGGACAGACGUCCAGGUGAAGGGGACCUCACUGCCCCGUGCAUUACACUGCUGGGACCGAAGCUUCCAUGACAGCCAUAAGGCCAGCAAACCUCCUGUGAAGGGCUGUCCCUUCCACCUGGUGGACAGCUGCCCCUGGCCCCACUGCAAUCCCUCAUGUCCCACUAUCCGGGACCAGUUCACAGGGCAAGAGAUGAAUGUGGCCCAGUUCCUCAUGCAUAUGGGCUUCGAUGUGCAGACUGUGGCCCAACAGCAGGGGCUGGAGCCCAGCAAGCUGUUAGGGAUGCUGAGUAGCGGAAGCUAGGGGCUGCCUAGCAGAGAAAGCAGUAUCAAGGGGCUGGGCCACUGGCUGUUCCAGGGCACCUCACCCCCACCACCAGGCCCCUUGCCACACCCAGGACCCCCUGGGUGUGGAUACCUGCCUGUUUGCCCAUCCUCAAACUGCCCGAUAGGCAGCCUGACCAGAGGAGCAGUCUGCCCUGAGCCCCGCUGCAGUCUGGGGACUCUUCCAAGCCCCCACCUGUUUCCCUAGCUCCCAGCCCACCAUGAGAAGGGGCCAGAGCGAAGCAAGCACUGGAUUCCUGGAUCCAUCAGCUCAGACAGUCCCACCCGGCCCCAACCAAUCAAGCUUUUUUGUAUUAUUUUAUAAAGUCACUUUUUUAUUACUUUAAUUUUUUAAUGGAAAUUAAGAAAUAUAUGAUGAUGACAUUGUUUUGUAACACAUUUUUUCUUAAUAAUGAAGAAAAGAUGACAGUUCACUCAUGACCUAUUUAUUUGAAGGACCGUUCUACUCACUUUACACCUGCCACCAGGGUAGCAGGGGGACCAGAAGAGGGACCCCAGCCUCUGAUACCUUCUUGGAUGUUUGGUGAUCCUCAUGUCCAGCUCAGCCCCCUCCCUAAGGAGGCCCCAUUCAUUCAUUCUGUAGACACCUGCUUCCCAGUGUGGGUGAUUACAGCUCACCUUGCUUUUCA